GUUGGCUCAUCAGCGUUUCCCGUUGUCUUCGCACUGAAUGCCCGGUAGCUCCUUGUUACCAUGUCGUACGCACCAUUUGGAGAAGAAAGGGCCAGCCCGUACGCUGAGAACAUCGAACCGGUAACGAAACAUGAUGGACGGACGAUUUGCAGCUAUGCGCCGCCGCAAGGUUCACCACGCGAUAAGAUGUACAACGACCCCAAAGCAUACUCCCCUCCAGGAAAGACAGUAGUCGGCAACUGGCCAGUGCAGUCACAGCAAGUCGCAGUCUUGAUACCAUUGAGGGCUACGACACUUGUGUUCGACUUCUUACUCGCUUCAUCGCCAUUGAUUUUCUUAGUUCUUGCAUUAAAGGUUACUAGAUUGGAUGGCAACGUCCCCAACACCGCAAACAACAGGCUCCAGGAGAUGCUACAAAUGGUAAAUCACAUGAACACUAUGACCAGUGUAGACACCAUUGACGUCACGAGCCUCACGCGCGGCGCUACUAUUAUGGAGGAGUGGAUGUUCGACCCGGUGAACUUCAUCGGUGUCUGCAUGUACGACAUGGUCAACUUGUACGAGCUUCCCGCAGAGAUAUUUGCGGAGCAAUUGACCAUCCUCUGGAAUUCGUUCUUCCAGUCAACAUACGCUACACGAGCGCUCUCAGGAAAUCUGGACGAGGCCACUUCAACAAACAUCACUAGUAAUUCAGAGGACAUUGAUCCCGUCGCUUUCAAACCCACCAAGAGCCUUGUCAGUCAGCGUCGCGACGCGUACUGUGUCAAUUAGAAGUGGUUUGGCGUACUCUUGAGCUGUUCUUCGGUUCUGCUCUUUGCUGCUUACGCGGGGAUGGCGCUAAAGGACCGUGUCCGUGCACCCAACGAUCGGAGUCAACCAACGAUCGUUCCGAGCCUGUACGGCCAUCACAAAAUUGAGGCUGUAGAGCCACCUACAAUAGUUAUUAUCGUGAGAUAUUUUGAUAGAGCAUUCUAUAGACCUAUACGACAAAGUUCCUAAUACAAAGUCACUAGUAUUUCGUGGCAGUGCGGCCACUCUAGGUGAUAAUAGUUGGGCGUG